AUGGUGCAGAAGGGAGAAGAGUCGACCCCGAACAGGGGGGGAUCGACGGCCAAGGCGAAGGAAAGGGAACCGAGGAGGGAGGUGGCGAGGCUGCAGCGCGGCAAGGCGGUGGCCGCCAAGUUCAAGAAGAGCUGCUACGGCGAGGAGAACGGUGUUACCUCCGCCAUCUUCCUCCUAGCAUGUGUCGUUUGCUCUCCUCCCUCCCCCCGAUGA